CAUGAAUUAUGCGAGGAAUUAACAAUAUGGCAGACGCUUCUCCUUUGCUAUAUUUAUAUAUAUGCUACGUUACUCAACAAUUAUCAUUCAAAUUCUAAAAUUUCACUCUUAUUUUUUAAAGUGUAUUUGUCAUUUACAUCUUUGCCCAGAAAUGUCGGCUGAAAUCUCACAAAACAAGAAAACCCGACCCGUAGCCGAAUUUCACCCAUGCCAUUGGGGCGAUCACUUUCUUCAUCUCACAAACCCUCAUCAUGAUGAGGAAGUGCAUUUGACGAAGAAAGAAGAGGCGAAUAAACUAAGAGAGGAAGUGAAGAAGGAGCUUGUAGAAACAAAGGGUAACCUACUUAAGCAGCUCAAUUUUAUUGACGCUCUUGAACGUCUUGGGGUGUCUUAUCACUUUGAGCAGGAAAUUCAGGAUGCUCUUCAGCAAAUUUAUGACAGUUUUCAGAGCCAAUGUGCCAAUUAUGAUCUUCACCAUAUUUCCACGCUUUUUCGCAUUCUACGGCAGCAUGGUUUCCAUGUGUCUAGCGAUGUGUUCAACAAGUUCAAAGAUGAAAAUGGAAGCUUCAAGGAGUCCUUAAGUGAGGAUGUUGAAGGGUUACUAAGCUUUUAUGAGGCUUCCCAUGUUGGAACUCAUAAUGACAAAAUACUUGAUGAAGCCCUUGCAUUUACAACAUCUCAUCUCAAUGAUUUGAUUAAUAACCUAACCUCUCCACUUUAUGAUAAAGUUCUUCAUGCCCUACACCAACCACUCCACAAGGGUUUGCCAAGAGUGGAGUCUAGGCAUUACAUUCCAAUUUAUCAAAUGGAUCCAACUCAUAAUAAAGCUUUACUCAAUUUUGCAAUAUUAAAUUUCAAUUUGCUUCAAGCUAUACAUCAAAAGGAGCUCAAAGAUCUAAAAAGGUGGUGGAAAGGACUGCAUUUGAACGUAUCAUUCAGCAGAGACAGACCAACAGAAGCAUAUUUUUGGAUUUUAGGUCACUACUUUGAACCUGAAUUUGCUUUUGCAAGAAAAAUAUAUAGAAAGAUUUUCAAGGCGACUGUGUUAUUGGAUGAUACAUAUGACGCAUAUGGGACAAUUGACGAACUUGAGCUCCUCACUGAAAUUUUCCAAAGGCCAUGGGACAAAAGCAGAGCAGAUGAACUGCCAGAACAUGUAAAAUGGACUUAUUAUGCAAUGGUCGAAGCUUGUGAGGAAGCUGAAGAAGAUCUUUCCAAACAUGGAAGAUCAUCUUUUGUCAACUAUACAAGAGAACAGGUUAAAAAAAUAUGCCAAGCAUAUCUGCAAGAGGCAAAAUGGUGCCACCAAAAAUAUGUUCCCACAUACGAGGAGUACAUGAAGAAUUCCAUAAUAACCUCUCCCUAUCAACAUGGCGCAGUAGCCUCCUUUCUUGGCAUGGGUGAUAUUGCAAGCAAGGAAGUGUUUGAAUGGGCAUGUCAAGAUCCUAUGCCUAAAAUAAUAGAAGCUUCAGCUAUCAUUCAUAGACUAAUGAACGACAUGGGUAGUCACGAGUUUGAACAAAAGCGAAACCAUGUGGCCUCGGCAAUGCAAUGCUUGAUGGAAAAGCAUGGAAUGUCGAAGGAGGAAGCAAAUGAGAAGCUAAGAAAGGAAAUAGAGAAUGCAUGGAAAGAUAUAAAUGAAGCGAUGCUCCAACCAUACGUGAUUCCAAAGCCGAUACUUACUCGUGUUCUCAACUUGGCUCGUUGUACGGACGUUAUUUACAAAGACCAAAUUGAUGCUUACACUCACUUUAACGAAGCCUUUAAGGGCAAAGUUGCAUCCAUUCUUUCUUCUCAUAUUACUAUGUAAUUAAUCAUCCUCCUGAUGAGUCUGCUUGUGUUUGUUUAUUAUAAAACAGUUGUCUCUUAUGUACUAUGCCCUGUUUUUCUUACCUUUUCUUAAUGAAUAAAAACUUUAUUUUUUUUUAUUUA